CACCCUGCGCCGCUCAAGGCGCUCGGCUGUUCGCUCCUCUCCGUCGCGACCCAAGUGCGGAUAGCGGCUGCUCAUGUCCAAGCUUCCAGCCGUCCGACUCCCGAGUGUCCUCCACGCAGACGGCGACAGCGAAGGCCAGGAGGCGGUAGUCGUCGAGUUACCCCCCUCGAACAAGUUCUCCUUUGCCUGGCCAUCAGAGCCUCCAGCUUCCUUCCCCCUUCCCGUCCUCGCAGACAGGCCACCAGACCUCAGUUCUUCCGACCAGGAGUCUGGGCUCUCAGAGACAGAAAGCAAUGGCUUCCUGCACAGCUCAGACGAGAAGGAGGAUGUCGUCAAAAGAAAACGUGCCGAUGACCAUGUCGAGGAGACCGAUUUCACGCCCACAAACCGUCUGUACAAUGAGCAAAACCCUAUGGAUCAGGCUGCAGUGCCACCUCCACCUCUCCCCCGCCUCUCUCGUGCCUUCUCCGUCCCUCUUCCCUCCCAAGUAGACCACCUCAAGAAUCCCCGCAGAACGACCGCCACCUCCGAGCAAGCCGAUUACCCCUCAUCCCCGCGUCCCAUUGAGCUCUCUCCCGAGCUCUCCCAAUUUCACGAACUCUCGCUAGAGCUCGCAGACUCCGUACAGAUGGUCAUUCAGAUGUUGCUCCAGCUUUCUCCUCCUCAAGUCCUCGAUCCUGCAAAGGAACAGUUCUCGGCAUGCUCCCUCCCUAUCCCUACCCCUUCUAUCACAGCCAUGUUCACCUCCAUGAAGAACCUCAAUUACAUGUCCGCCAAUAUCGCCUCUUUCUCCAUGCCUCAUCAACCGCCACGACCGAAGCUCAACCCCGAGGAUCCUACCCCGCCACAUUCCCCUGCGUCCAUCCUUACACCCGUCCAGAUCGUCGACUUUGACAUCGGCGAGGCCAUACAGAGUGUGGGUGACGCCGUCAGCGGAAUCGCUGCAGAAGCAGGCAUAGACCUUGUACUCUUUCAUGGCGACGUCGGCAUGAAGCACAUCGCAGUCCGGGGUGACGACAGCGGGCUAUCCUACACGCUCUCCCACAUUAUCCGACAAAUCAUCAGUACAGCUCACCGUGGCGACUGUAUUGAGAUUGGGCUCUAUAUCGCCGCUCCUCCUCGAGACAGACCCUUGGACGCCGAUGUGGAUAACACAGAACCAGUCAGCGGCACCACCUCUCCCGAUAUGGACAUGCCCCUCCGUUGCACGUUCACCAUCACACACGUCUUCCCUCCUCGCCUCGAUUCAUCAAAUCCAUUGGUGGACUCUUGGUCAGAUCGCGAUCAACCCUCGUGGAACUCACUCAUCCUCACCCGUUUGCUCAAGCACAUCGAUGCUUUGUUCGAACUCGAGGAACCGGCUUCGACUGCCGUCUCAUCGACUCGAACGUGUAAGCUGACCUUGACUAUGGAUCGUGGGUCGCCCUCAGUGGUGAAUCCAGCUGUGGUAGUCGCGCAGGACGACCCUUUCAUGCAGGCGUUGUCCGGGUUCCAAAUUGCGGGUGAACCUACAUUGGAAGAUUUGGGUCAAUUCAUCGAGACGUUGAGGGGAAAGAAGGCUUCACUCUAUGCCAGCUCGAAGGGUGAAUUCGCUCAUCAUCUUACGAGCUACCUGACAGCGUGGGGCUUAGAUGUGAGCCACGUCUCCUCGGAUUCUGUUGAUGAAGAGGAAGAGGCCGCGAGAGAGUCGCCGGAAUUGUCUAAUGGAACGAUGAAGACAGAGGUGUCUUUCGGUUCUGGAUCGGCGUUGGAGACACUACCAGAAGCGGGGCCUGUCCCAGGUUCGAGUCCUGCCUCGAGCCCAGGAGGUCAAGGAAAUCUCCAACAGCCUUCCUUCAUCCUCAUAGACGAUGACGUUUCGGUCUUACGGACACAGUUGCGUGCUAUGAGGACAGAACAACAACAGCCAUAUCCUCUCCACAUUGGUUCUCGUAAGCGACCAUCCCUCUCGGCUCAUCACCGUCCUCGUUCUUCGCCACAGGUAGCUCGCGCAAUGGGUCUCAAUGCGAUGCCACAACCGCGGAACACGGGCGUUAUCAUCCAUUUUACGAGCCUUGCGAACUUCAAGCUUGUGAAGGGUAUUCUUCAAACGACUCUUGGACCCAAUGGCUCUCCCAUCGUUCGAAUGCCAGAAGUUAUCGUCAUUCCCAAGCCUGCAGGACCAAGACGGGUAUUGACAGCCCUUCAUACCGCCGCGACCAAGCCCACCGUCGACCCAUUCUUCUCCCCUAUCGCCACAUCACCCAUGAGCCCUUCCGUCCAGUCGGCACCUUCCUAUCCCAGCAACAGUCCAAGGUCACCUCACGGACGUCCGGCAAAUAGCCCGAGGACAAAUUCAGAGAGAUCGUUGAGGUCGCCGAAGGAUCACCCUGGGGAGACUGAGGCGAGACUCGCUCCUCCUUCACCGCUGGGACUGUCGGAGGGUAUGGACUAUUUCUCCGAAGCCGCCGUCAAGUUGGGUACCUCGCCAUCGUCGGGGCUAGUCAUUCAGAGCCCUGAUGGUCAACCCGCUGGUAUCUUCUUCCAUCCCAAAGCGCGCGCCAGGACGACAGGCGGCGAGAAGAGAUCGUCAUUCACUGGAGGUCAGCCGCAGUUCUUCAGUAUCGAGAAGUCGAACAGGGCCAGUGAAUCUCCGAGACGAACUUCAGAGACGGAGGAUAGGGACCGGACAAGAGUCGGGAUUGCGUACCUUGCAGCACCGAGCAAGCUUUCCACGCCACGGAGGAGCCCUGUGCAGCUGGUUCCCGUCGAGUCUUCGACCGAGGACGCGGGCAAGUCAGGCCCGCCGUCGUCGAAGAUGGGGAGACUGUCGUCUCCGGCUCCUAAUACGCCUGUCGCGGACACGUCGAGUGGAUUGCCGACCCCGAUCCCGGCGGGACCUUCUGUAAGUCAGAGUUCGAAUUCACCGCAACCGCAGCCGUUGACGCCGAGGUUGCUUGCGCCGAGGAAGUCGAACACGAUGGAUACUUUGAGGAAGACGACGUCGCCGCCGCAUAGUCCGAGGAACGUGUCGCCGACGACGCCGGCGAGUGCGACUUCUUCGAUGCCGAUGAGUAGGCGGGCGAGUGCGAGGAGGGGGAUGAGUAAUGAGAUGAAGCAGCAGGUGGAGAAGGGGGCGCAGGGUGGGACGGGGCUUGGUGUGGGCGGGGUGGGGAGUUCUAAAGGGGGACAGGAGGCGACUAUUGUACCGCCGAUUAGCGUGCUGGUGGUUGAUGAUAACCCUAUUAACCAGACGAUCUUGUCCACGUUUAUGAAGAAGAAGAAGAUCAAGUACGAUGUCGCCAAGAACGGUCAAGAGGCGGUGGAGAAAUGGAAGAGCGGACGGUUCCACCUCAUCCUGAUGGACAUUCAAAUGCCUGUCAUGGACGGAAUCGCAGCCACGAAAGAAAUCCGCCGCCUCGAGAAGAUCAACGCCGCCCUCGGAUUCCCCUCCACUCCUCAAUCCGAAGGUGCCCGCACCCCCUCCGAUGCUGAAUCCCGCAUCUCAGCAUCCCCAUACCGCUCCGCCGUCAUCAUCGUCGCCCUCACCGCCUCCUCCCUCCAAUCCGAUCGUGUCGCCGCCCUAGCCGCAGGCUGCAACGACUUCCUGACCAAACCCGUCUCGCUCAUCUGGCUCAACUCGAAGAUCAUCGAAUGGGGCUCCAUCAAGGCGCUGCAGAUGUGGGCCGAUAUCAGGCCGGAGGUCGUGAGGGGACAGAGUCAGCAGGCGCAGAAUGUGGCGAGGAAGUUGCAUGUGCCGGAGGGGAGGGCGACGCCUGCGGGUGGAAGUCCGCGGUCGGCGUCGAGGAGUCCUUCGCAAGUGAGGCAGUCGAGCAGUGGUGGUGGCGUGCCUGUGAUGCCGGCGUUGGCGUUGGCGGCUUCGAGUUCGUCGUCGUCGAGUCCUGCGAGUGGGCUGGCGAAGGGGCUGGCGAAUCAUUUGGCGCAGAUCUCGGAGUCGCCGACGUCUUUUGAGUUUCCGAGGCCUUCUUCGCGGGAAGAUACUUCCUUGCAAGUACACACAGAAGAUUCCUCCCGGAAAAACUCGCUUGAUCCUCCUUCCCGGAUACAUCGAGUAGAUUCUGGAGAUUCGUCACCUUCACCGAUUCCCCGAAUACAACGAUCUGGGACGGAGGAAACGGCCGAGUCGUUGCCUUCGCCGUCGUUUUCCUCGCCUGAGAAGUCGACGACGCCUGUGACUGCGCUGGAAGAACAAUCGCCUCGUUCGCCUGCGACUACGAAUACGAAUACGGCAGUUACUGCUCUGGAGGAGUUGUCGCCCCGUUCGCCUAUGGCUAUGAUGCUGGACCCGGACCCGCCUGCUCUCGACUCUGCACCGGAAACGGAAGUGGAGGCUGAGACGGAGACAGAGCCUGGAUCGGCACCAGCAACGGAGCCGGAAGCAGAACGGCCAAGUGCUGCAGAUGUGAACGGGACGGGUGAAGGGCCUUCGAGUCCGAACCCGUCGACGUCUUCAUCGAGCGGGCGAAGCCAUCAUACGACGGAUGAGACGCAAUGACGGUAUUGGGCGGCCUUCGGAAGAUUUCCUCCCUUCUUUACACCGUUGCUCACCCCAUGGUAUACGAAGGUCGCCGAGUUGUUUCGAAAGUUGUUUUGAGCUCCUUGUGCCGUGCUGAGACUUUUUGCUCGUGCCUUUCUAUACACUCUUUUUUUUGCCUUACCUUGUUCCAUACUUGAUCUUAUUUCCUCUUUUUUUUGUCUGCUUUUCGUGAUAUACAUACACAUGUCUUUCCUUCGGGUCGUUUCUCACUCAUUUCUUGCUUACAUUUUGCAUUCAUCUUUUUGGGUACAAUGGGUGUUCCUUUUCUCUGGUGUGUUGUAUAAGCGUGGAGGUACAUUGUCGCGUUUUUUUUUCGUUCUUCUUCUGCGGUACCUGUCUAUACGUUGUCUGUCGCCAGUGUCACGUUUUACAAUAGCUUUCUCUGCCGUUUGCCCAGCAUAACAGGCAGUACACA